GGUGCGAUUGUUCGACGCAACGAUGGCCGACAGCAAGGAGGACGAGAAGCGCAUGCAUGAGACCUUUGACAUGCUGCCCAAGCUCAUCGAGAUCCUCAAGGAUAUCCUGGCGGCGGGGACGAGCCAAGAGGUGACUAGAGUCGGCGACGUCUCGGCCACGUCGCUCAUGCUCAAGGCGAAGUACGAGGAGGCCGCACGUGUCCUGGCGUCGCUUCCAGGCGUCGACAUGAGCUUGGAAGCGCAGCAAGACGAGAUCAAGAAGGCCAAGGAGCGUUUGCGUCAAAAGAGCGCGCUCAUGGAGCUCUACAGCGAGACGCUCUUUCGCGGGACAGACGAGCCCCGCGCGCAGCUCAACGAUGUCUUCUCGCGUCAGAAUUUAUAAACCAGACAUGUGUCGAUGCUGCUGCUUCCUCU